AUGGGUGUGCACGGUCUUACAACAUUCCUCAGAGAAUACAGGUCGACUUUGUCGAAGACCAUCCAUUUCUCUCCUCAGUAUGCUGAGUAUACGCCCCUAGUAGUCGAUGGAUGGUCCUUCAUCUACAAAUUAUUUGAGGACUCUGGCCUGCCAUGGGUAUAUGGUGGUGAAUAUGAUGUGUUCUCUGAACUCAUCGUCAAGGUCGUCAAAGCCUGGUUGGCUGUUCGGCUUCGCCCAAUUUUUGUCUUUGACGGAUCCUUACCACCAGUCAAGUUCGCAACAGCCGUGUCUCGAAAAAUCGAGUCCUUUAUUAAACCAUCCGAAUUAUUCUUCCGGACCUCCGCUGCUUCGCGAAACAAGCGCUGGUUCUUGAACGAAUCGUACAUUAUUCCUCCUCUGGUGCACACUGUAACUGUUCAUACUCUGUUCUCCAUGCAAGAUGAACUGGCUGGAGGUCAUCUUUCUGACGAUGAGGAAGAAAGACUGAUCGAGCUCCACUUUGCCGAUGAGGAAGCCGAUUCUUACGCAGUAGAUUUAGCGGGACGUGUUGGAGGUUAUGUAACCGGCAGAGACUCCGAUUUCGUCGUUUAUAACAGCGAGGGUUACCUUGGAUAUAUUCCAUUGGAGGAAAUGGUUUGGCUCAUUUCUGAAGAAGAAAAUGCACAGGACGUCUCCGACGAAUUAGAUGACGGAUUCCAAUCUGUGAAGAGGAAGAAAAGGUCUGCACCGAAACAAACGUCUACGUUUGGAAUGAUUCCUCCAGAUGCGGAAAUAUACUCUUUAUCAGUAUCGCUAUUUACUCCCUCCGCCCUUGCACAGCUCCUCAAACUGCCUGUGUCUCUGCUUCCUCUUCUUGGGGCUAUUGUCGGGAAUGAUUACACAUUACCAGCAUCCGAUCGGCCGGUGUAUGCGUUUAACCCAAAGAGCUUCCAGAAUCUCUUAUUUGAACGGCGCUUGAAUCUCCCUCGGCGUAUCUUGCACGCGAGCUCCGUGCUCAAUUCUUGUCUACAUGGACACUCCAGCAAGCGAAGACAGAAGAAACCCCAAAGUGUUAUGGAGCUUAUUCAAAUGACAAUCGGAGCUCUCCUUACUGGUAGUGGUGCACCCGCUGUUUUAAUCGGAAGUGGACAGCAAGAGGCAAUCGUUGAAGCUGUUGCUGAAGGCACUUUACCCUAUGCAAUUCCCUUGCGACCCGCAGACGAUGUGUUCCUAUCUGAAACAGUAUGUGCGCUUCAUGAGCCUUUCGAAUGCCAGCUUGUAGCACAGAUGGAUAGAACGGGAAUAGAAGGCUUGUCAAAGCAUGCAGAGGCUGUGUCUGCACUGUACUUGCGCGCCUAUCGCCUUGGCCAGUUUUCACCUCUUUUGAUGGAUAUACUUUCUACGAGGACAAGUUGGCCUAGAAUUUUCUUGGAAAACCCGGACAUGGAGGCUGUUUCACGCAGCGUAUCUCGUCAUGUACGAGAAUUUGGUUAUGCAUUAUUAGAAGCAGGAGUCAUAAUCCCUGCUCCACCGGUAACGGAGAACGAGGCUGAGAAGCCUGAGGAUGAAGCCGAUUCGGGAAUGGAAGAAGAUCCAGACGAGAUGAUUGAUGUCGUGGAACAGUGCGAAGAGGAGUAUGAGUACGAGGAUGAGAUUUCAGCAGAUGUUGGAAAGCUUCGUGGAAAAUUGAGGGAACUUCAAUUUGACGAGGAUGACCCGGAUAACGUCGAACAUUCGAUAGACGAGAGGAGCUCCAUGGCAGAAGACAGUUCCGUAAAGGGCUCGACUGCAGCGAGUUCAUCUGUUCGCAGUCCUGCUCCCUUGUACCGUCCCGCCUACGUUAGGAAAGCCAUUAGUGCCCAACGCAAAGUUGUGACGGAGUACGUACGUCGUGGUGCGCGCGUUGUGACUGAAGAAAUCGAAGUUCGGCCUCUUCGUCAGUUCAACAUUUUAGAGGAGGACGAGACGACGACGAUUCCGGUUCAACUGCGUUCCGAAGACGAUCGCCUCAAUGUCCUCUUUAGGUUCUUACAGAUUGACCCUCAAGAAAUAUCUGCUCUACCUGAAGAAGAGUGGAUGCCAAUCAUGGCUCUUCGUUUGGUCGUACGAAGAAUGCAUGAUCGCGCGGCGGAAAAUAUCACCUCAAAAGAAAGACAACUAGAAAAAUGGACGCGUAGGGAGGCCCGUACAUUUCUUGCAUCUAUCUCUCAGACAGCUUCUUCGCGGACGUCUUCCCUUGAACCACCCGCUGAGAUUUCCGAACGUGCGAUUCAACUUACGGCGCAGAUAUCCACAGCGUUAGAAGCUCUCGAACAUCUCAUACAGAUUCUACUUCUUGCAGAUGCGAUACCGGGAUGUGUUCAUCGUUUCUCGGGACUUCGGUUCCAUAGUCUCCUUGCGUUGGAUACGGACGUUGACGUUGCGGAUGAUAUUUGGCGCGUCUUCACGAAUGGUCUUAAUGCUUGUUUCGAAGAAGAGCGGAAAGGUAAGAAAGCGAAGCGGAAGGCACAAAAGGAGGAUUCGAAUGGGAACGGGAAAGCGAAAGUUACUUCACUUCCUAGUGGUAGAGCUAAAACGGCUGGUAGGAGUGGGAUGUAUAGUAUCUUAGCGGGCAUGUCGGCUUGAUUUAUUAUUGUUAUACACAGUUCUGGUCUUACGCGACUUUCGCGUUUUUAUUGCUGUAGUAACGUCUUUUGUGUAUCUUUGCUGUCGUCAUAAGAUAGUUUUU